GGAAACAGCGGCAGCAUGGGCCGCCUAUUGACCGGCACAAGGCCUAUGUCACUCCAUACCCUGCAGCCGUACGUCAGCCUAAUCCUACCGGAGGACGCCAGGAAUCGAGUCACCUGGAAGAACCCUUUCAUCGUCAUCCUCGUCUUCGCCCCCCGCCUCCCGGAUUGGCGCGGGGUAGGGAUCCGUUUGGGCUUUGAUUGGUUUCCUUUGCUGGUUUGGCUCUGGUUGAUUUCACUAUUCAAGAAGCAGGAAAGAAUGAACUACUUCCAAGCUACGAUGUGCAAGCCUCAUGGUGGGCUCAUUGUGAACAGGCCUAUAGCAGGUCUUGGGAGCACUAGUCAGUAUCCUUUGCGUUCGCAUGCUCUCGGAUUUCACAAGCUGCAACAGAAAGUGUACCCAAGACUAAUUCUCGUUGCUGCUAGCCACAAAAGGCUUUCUCCCAUUUGCGCCUCAAGCGAAAGGGGAAAUCCUGACAGUGCUGAUGAUCCUUUAAUGGAAUCUUUGAAGAAAGCUAUGGCUGAUGCAAAAAAGCCGCGGCCCAUACAAGACUUGCUGAAAGAACAGAUAGCUAAGCUUAGGGAACAAGGGUCUGGUGGAGACGGAGGGAAUAGAAAUCGUGGUGGAGGCAAUGGUGGUUCUGGUGGCCCAGAAGAUGAAUCGUUCAACGAAACAUUGGAUGAAAUAGUCCAAGUUAUCUUAGCCACUGUUGCUUUCAUACUUAUGUACAUCCAUAUAAUCAGAGGGGAGGAGCUGUACCGUCUUGCUAGGGACUACACCAGAUAUCUUGUCACCGGUAAGAGGACUGCCCGACUGAAGCGCUCAAUGCAAAAAUGGCGCACCUUCUCUCAGAGCUUCAUGCAAAAGGAAAGCUCAGAAGAAGAUCGGUAUGAGAGACCAGUUGCAUCAAAACCUACAUGGUGGCAACAGCCGCAAAAGUUUGUUCAUCUUAUGGAGGAACUUUGCAGGGGAAAUUGGCGCCCACAUGCCCAGGAGUCUUAGUUUCCAGCAUCCUUUUUUGACACCUUGCAGAAUUUGCAGAAUAGGGAUGUGGGAAUACUAGAUGGCCUCUGUCGCCUGGAGCAGUGGAUUUUUUUGGUUCUUUGACGCUUAUGUUGUCUCUGGUUUGUUAAGUAUCAAGGAAGUGAGUGAAUUCUUGGCAAUUUUGUAGUUGUUGAGACCGCGUAUUUGAGACCUUAAACUGCCAAUCAGGCGUUGGUGAUACCUGGUGCUUUGUUUUGCGUCUGAUCGAUCAAAACUGUAAUGUUCAUGUGUAUGUAGCUAAAAUGUAAGCCUUUGCAUGGGAAUUUGAUGGACAUUAGUCUUUA